GGACACCACAUGGCACCCUCGUGAAAUACGGCAAGCGACUUCGAACGGCGGCAUCUAACCCGAGUAUCUCCGGAAGGGAUGCACUGGAAGUUGCGCAGCAGCCUCGUUCUGACGGUUCUCGCCGCGAGCGCAGUCACACUUCUGUUAACCUGCGCACCCUUCAAGACCUGUAUCCUGCGCGAUGGCGUGCCCGAGACGAGUUCUACCAGGGUGCCCGCUCUCCGAAACAUCCUGUCCACUUACACGGACGUGUUCACGCUGCCGCCAUUCAGGUUGGAUUCGCAGUCCCUCUACCGCGUCUACGAGAACGCCAUCGAGGGCGACAAGCGGCCGUCCGACCGAGCGGUCGUGUGCUUGUCCACCAUCGCUUCGCUGGACCAUCUGCACUGGCUGCGCGAGCUCUCCGAGCACUGGACGGGCCCGGCGUCGGUGGCCGUGUUCUUCAGGGAGGACUUGGACCUGCAGCUGAUGGUGACGUACGUGCACGUGCUCAGGGUGUGCUUCCCUGCCAUCAGGGAGAACUUCAGCUUUCACUUUGUGUCUCCCGCCGAGAGGAACGACAGUGCUGCGAAAGACACGCUCGCGUGGGAAGACGCCGACGAACCGUUGUUCUGCGACAGCCACCGCGCACUGUUGCGUGCCUUUCUGGCAAUACUACGGAAACGCGGCUGGCCCCGUUUGCUUUUCCCGCAGAACCACCUAAGAAACGUCGCCCGCGAUGGCUGCGUUUCGAGCCCGUUCUUCUACGCGACGGACGUGGAUGUGAUGCCGCAGUACGGACUCUACGAGCGACUCUCCGCGUUCCUGCUGCGGAAGCCGCCCUGCACGAAGUGCCUUUACGUCGUGCCUGCUUUUGAAGGCACCGAGUUUGUCACCCAUCCGAGGACCAAGAGCGCUUUGCUCAGCAGAACAGGAAACAAGAAAGACUUCCGCGUGUAUCACGCUGUGGCGUUCAGUAAAAACCAGCGGGCAACAAAUUUCAACAAGUGGAGGAACGUCCCGAGCAGGAGCGAUCUCUACGUAGCCUACGAAGCGGUCUUCGAAUUCGGCUACGAGUGCUUCUACGUCGGUCCUCAUGGCGUGCCCAAGUUUCGCGAGAUAUUCAUCGGUUAUGGAUUCACACGGAACGUCCAGACACUGGAGGCGCACCUGGCCGGCUUCCGGUUCCUGGUGUUGAGUGACGCCUUCGCCAUCCACCGGGGCAUGCGCAACACCACCACCAAUGACAGCGUCCGCAACGCGGAGAAGUUACACAACUACCGCAUCUUCCUCGGCUUCCGCAAGGCGCUUCAACAGCGCUACGGCAAAGGCCGGGAGUUCUCGUGAUGCCUGCCUGCUGCUCGCGGC